AUGGUUUGUAGCCUGGGGCCCUUGUGCUUCCAUUUUGACCGUUCUCGCAAAAGGAUUAAAUAUUCUGAUGAUAAUUUCUCCCAAAAAGUGUCCAGUACCGUCAGUGUAUUUUUCCAGAUUAUAGCAAGCUUUUUCUCUGGCAGUAAGCGUCUUUCGUCCUCCCACUCCUCAGCUGAGUCAAAAUUCAAAGAUAUAGUUCCGUGUGGUAUUAGAAAAUCAAUGGGUCUCAAAGGCAGCGGCGCAUCACUUUCUCCCGAGACGUGUGAGAUUGGACGUUGA